CUCUAACCCUUCUAACAAUGGACAGAGCAUGGCCUCUUCUCGCCUUCUCCUUUCUCUUUUUACCAGGCAGCAGAGCCUCCCCAAAUCUGUAUGUGGCGACAGGCAGUACAGUCUACCUGACUGCGGACAAUGGAACCCAAUUAAACUUCCAUGAACUUGAAUGGUCCAUGAAAACUUUCAGAAUGGCCAAGUUGAGAAAUUCUACUCAACUUCACUAUUAUGGGAGGCAAGUUGAAAUCUUUUUGAAUGGGACUCUCAGACUGGACAAUGUCAGCAAAAAUGAUACUGGAGAGAUUACAGCUAAAUUGUUUGACACAAAUGGAAAAAAUAUCCUCCAAAUUACAUAUAAUCUGAAUGUUCUGGAUCCAGUGUCCCAGCCUGUAGUAGAAUACAUGAAGGCUUCUAAUGGACAAUCAGAGUUUCACUGCUUGGUUAAGAGUGGAGAUGACCCCUUGUACUCCUGGAGUUUCGAUGUUAAACCUCUGGAUAGUACAGUUUUUUUUCACAUUAUUGAAAACCACAAACUUCGUUUAAGUUGCUAUUCUGGAAGAGUAACCUGCACCGUUUCAAAUUAUGUCAGCCGACGUUACAGUGAACCUCUUCCAUUUACCUGUGCAGCUGUUAGAUUCAGACAGAAAAACAUCCCAAAUCAGGAAAACCAGGAUGAAGCAGAUGUAACCUAUUCUGAACUCAAGAUCAUUAAACAGCAAAAAUGAAUAGUCGCCUGGUUUAUUCACCUUGUACGAUUGUUUUCACAUAUGCAUUCAGAACAUUUUAGCUACAUCUACGUUUACUUUCAAUUCAUUUGAAUUUUAACAUUAGAAAAUUAGACACAUGUCCAAUUGUCUUGUUUUAGAGUACUUACAAAUACUUAUUUUAAUCAAUAUGACAAUAAUAUUUUGAUCAAGCAUAUUUGUUACAUGAGAUUAUAAUUUGAUCAAUAAAAAAGAUGUAAAUAGAAAUCAAUACAUGAGCUACAGUAUCGUGGAACUGCCAGAUGAGGUGUUAAAGAAAAUGUUUAAACCACCAAAUGUUCUAGCUGUCUUAGACUCUUUUGGUGCAACAGUAAUGAGUGAGAGGGAGGAAUAUAAAACAAAGAAAAGAAGAAAAAAGAAUGGGAGGCAGACACCUCAUCACUCCUGUUUGCCUUUUUAUUGUUGGUGCAACAAUUUAGGCCUCCCAUAUCUUCACUGCACAAACUGUUUAUAUAUUUGGCUGUGCGUUAUUUUCAUAAAAAUCAAGUCAAUCCUUUCUUUUUCAGUUUUUGUGCUUAUUUAUAUGAUUGUAUAAUCGAUGAUGUAUAAUCAAAACUUCAUGGGAAUAUGGAAUUAUUGCUGUCUUACUAAUCCCCCCAGUACUAUUACCUUUGAUGAAACCCAGAGUAGCAGCUAUGUAUGUCCUACACAUGCUUUGGACCCUUGAAGAUUAUCCUGCAUCUUAAUGAUGUACUGUUCAUAAUUUUUUGCCUUUAAACAAGCCAGCCUCUUUCCAUGGCAUUUAAAACCACAUGCUGCAUGAAUUAACCUUUUCUUUCUGUUUCUUUCUGUAUGUAACUGUUGAU